UGUCACCAUAAGCACUUGUGGCGCUGUGGGACAAAUAAUUUUGGGUCUGAUAGCCUUGACAGAGCCUUAUUGGAGACAUCUGAUUCUUAUGAUCUACGUACCUCAACUAAUGUUUUACUUUUGGAUUGCGCCUAAAUCUAUCCGCUGGUUGAUUAGCAAAGGUCGCUAUGAUGAAUUCUUGGCCAGUUUAAAAAAAGCUGCUGAAAUGAACGGGAGUUCUAUAUCAGAAAAUACUUUGAAAGCAUUCUCGGAGACUAAAAAAGACAUUCUGGAAAAGAAAGAAAAACAUUUCUCAGAACCUUGGCUAGUGUGUUUGGUUUUCAAACAUAAGCCGAUAUUACUGCGUUUCUUAGUAACACCAAUGUGGUGGAUUACAUCUACUUUAAUGUACUUUGGCUUAACGAUUUCUGCUGUGGGGAUAUCCGGCAACAAGUAUCUGAAUUAUAUAGCGUCGGUUGCUAUCCAGAUUCCAGGUUACUGGCUGUCUGUGUUGCUAAUGGAUAGAAUUGGCAGAAAAGCUUUAGUAAUGACAGGAUUUUGGAUAAGUGGAGUUUGUCAGAUUGCGUUCAUAUUAACAUCCGGUAGACAUUACUGGCUGUCCUUAUCAGUUUACCUGAUCGGCAAGAUGUGCAUAUCAUGCGUCAUGACUUCUCUCUACGUGUACACCGCCGAGAUGUAUCCAACGCGGUAUCGGGUCAGCUUUCUCGCUUACUCCUCCCUGAUGGGAAAAAUUGAAAGCAUCGUGGCGCCGCUUAUGCCUGGCUUAGGUGCCAAAACGUGGGAACAUCUCCCAUUCCUGAUGUUCGGCGUGAUGGCACUGGUGUCCGGGCUGCUGGUGCUGCUGGCGCCGGAGACCCUGGGCGCCACUCUGCCUGAUACCGUGGAACAGGCAUCCCAACUCGGGAAGGAUUCGUCCGUCCUACGGUGUUUGAGGACGCUUGUGUUUAGGAGUAAAGUAUAUUCGAUAAGUUGA